AUCGUGACAUUUACAUGACAAACAUAUGAUUUGCACCAAAAUACAUUUACUGACGGAUAAUGAACACCGUAAAAAUAUUAAUGUUCUAAAUUAAACAAACCAUUUAACAACCGCCCAUUUUCCGAAAAUGUCCGCUAGCAAAUUAGAUGCUGUGUACCGGAGUAUACUAUUAACAAAAUUUUUUACUAAAGGAUGGGGUAAACCAGAGAAUUUGCGAAGGUUAUUCGAAUUCAGAAAAGUUGUAUCAAAUCGAGAUGAAUGCUUUAAAUUAGUUGAAAGAGAUUAUCCAGUAACAAUAACGAAAGAACAAAAUCUGACAGACUGUCGGUUAUUGGAGGGAUAUUUUUUAACACCAUUGGAAAGGUAUCUACCAGGCAUUGUUCCAGAAAUUGCUCAGAAAGCUCACUUUCAAAUAUUACUACCAGUUCACUGGCCGGACCCACGAUGCAAGCCUGUGUGUUUACAUCUAGCUGGAACAGGCGAUCAUUUUUUUUGGCGACGGAGAAAUCUUAUGGUAAAACCGUUACUAAAAGAGGCCGGUGUUGGAGGUAUCAUACUUGAAAAUCCUUUUUAUGGACUACGAAAACCUACUGAUCAAGUACGAUCCUCGCUUCACAAUGUGUCGGACAUCUUCGUGAUGGGCGGCUGUCUGAUCCUGGAAUCACUGGUUUUAUUUCAUUGGUGCGAGCGGAACGGCCUCGGACCUCUGGGUGUCACAGGGUUGUCGAUGGGUGGCCAUAUGGCUUCCUUAGCAGCAACCAAUUGGCCUAAACCACUCGUCUUAGUUCCAUGUCUUUCGUGGUCAACAGCUUCUGCGGUCUUCUUGCAGGGCGUAAUGUCCCAUUCCAUUAACUGGGACCUCUUAGAAGACCAGUAUAUGUCUGAUGGCGUCUACAGAGAGAAAUUAUCGAAAAUGGUUACCAUAGUGGACGAGGCUUUUCUUGCCGGCAAAAAAUUUGCUCGAACUUACACACAGACCAUGGAAAACACCGCCGCUAUGAAACCGCAGACAAAUACAGAUGAUAUUAUAGAUUCACUGAAAUUUAACGUCGGAGCUAAGAAGAUGGACAUUACUUAUAAGGAGAACGCCAAAACAAAUGCUCAAAUCGUUGACAAUAAACAAACUGUAGAUAAUAAAAUCGAUUUACCACAUAGCGUUAAGAGUGUCGUGGACGUUGAAGACGAGAUAAUAAAGGAAGAGCUGAGAAAACUUCUGUGUGAUAAUAAAAUAAGUCAAAUAUUAUAUAACAAAUUAACAUCCAAUAAACAUUUCGAAUUGGAGCCCCAAGACAUUGAGUUUAUAAACAAACUGGACGAUGGGAAACUUAAAGUGUUCCUACUUAAAUAUCAGAGUGAUAUACCAAAAAUGUCUACAGUUUCAGACAACAUUUCGAACGAAAAAUUACCAUUGGAUGGCAACAAUAACAAAACAGUCAAAAUAACUCCGGCGAUAGAAAACUCUAAUUCAGUAAAUCAGAACAAAGAAUCCUCUAAUGAGAACAAAGCUUUGGUAACUCCUGAUGAGAAGAUUUCGACGUCUUUAAUUAAAAAAGAACGCAAAUCCUGGAACGUGUCAGAACUCACUUCGGACCUGUGGGUGAACUUGCCAUUCAUGAAAUCAGGAAAGAAGAUAGAUAUAGGUAAAAUCCACUGGCGGGACAGAGAGGCACUGCAGUUUAUGCGUGGAAUUAUGGACGAAUGCACACAUUUAAGCAACUUUUCUGUGCCAUUCGAUACAUCCCUUAUUAUAGCGGUCUGUGCGAAACACGACGCCUAUGUACCGCGAGAGGACGUCGGUACUUUGGAGGAGAUCUGGCCCGGAGCUGAGGUGCGCUACGUCGACGCCGGACACGUGUCCGCUUACAUUCUGCACCAAUCGCUCUUUAGGUCCUGCAUCAAAGAGGCCUUCGAGAGGUCUAAACUAAGGUGGCGAGACGGGAAACACGUCGAUUGACGUUAGCAAUGGACGUCAUAGAAAAAUCAUAUCCCAGGAACAUUUUGGCUAAGUAAAUUUAUGUAUUUAUGGGGCUGUAAUUUCUUACUAUAUUGUGCAAUUGUCGGCGUCACUUAUUUUACAGGAGGCGUUGUUAUUUCUAAGUAUUUUUACUGUUUUCAGAUAGGAUAGCCUUUUAACGUGGUGCUGUGUCCAUAUAAGAGUAAAAUUUAACCGGUGCAAUGAAAUUAUUUAUAGUCCACGUACAGUGUUGCCGCAGCACUAAUUGUUUCUACUAAAUUCUAUGGAUUAUUGUUUAGUUUAUAGUGAGUUAAAAUUUUAGUUAGUUAGUCAUCUAGUCCAAUGCCAUAACGUUUAUUGUAAGCACAAUAUUAUUGUCCGGCUGACUUCAAAAGUUAAAAACUCGUUUCAUUUCCAAUAUAAAAGUACAAACGGAAGAAAAAAAAAUUGUAUCGGGUGUAUUUUUUUUUUUUAGUUUUAGAUAUUAAUUUACAAAUGCUUAUAUACGUUUUAAUAACAUUUCGCAAAACACGUAAUUUACAAAUUAACAUCUACUCGUCGUUUUAUUGUGAAGUGUUAAUUAUAUUUUUUAUGAAUAAAUAUAUUUACAUUUGAAGUUGAAA